AUGCAGUCGCCAUGCUCAAACCUCCGACUCACUGGUCUUGUCAGCCUUUUCGUUUGCAUCCUCGCCUUUGGCAUUAACGCAUACACCAAGCAGGCUUCGAGACAUGAGGAACAGGUGUCUCCAUACAGUUCAUUGUCCGUACUCGUUGGAGCGCCAACCUCUCCUGCACAGACUCGUUCGGAAGCAAUCUCCCAGCGCAACACGCCUCUUCCAAGGCAGCACACCCCACCCCUCUUUUCACAUGGCGGAGUAUUCCAACGCAUGACCAGAAGUACCAUACAGUCAGCAUGUCCAAGCCCAGAAGCGGUAGCGAGAGCCGCACCGCCAUACUCGAGCGAAAACAAGCACGGCCGCUUUCACCGGCACAAGAGAACCCAGAUCCCGAAGCCGGAUAACAAUGACACCGAUAACGACGAUGACAAUGACCCACCCCUAACCCCGUCACAACCCACCCACAAACCGCCCAGCACCCUCCAAACAAGCAGCAGCACCACUACCACCACACCAUCCCUCCCCGACAAUAAACCUUUCAAACUGCCCUCCCCACGCACCAGCACCAGCACCAGCACCAGCACCAGCGCCAACAUGCGCGCCUCGCAACCCAGCAAACGCUCACCCGGCCACACCGACCCGUACUCUGCCUUCUACGGCAGACGAGACAAACGCAUCAGCCGACCAGCCCUCAUCAUUCUAACCCUCGGCUCCAUGAUGCUCCUCGGACUACUCCUGUAUCUGGGCUGGAUGGUGGUGUGGAGAGACUUCGGCCUGGAUGUCCUGUGGGAGGAGUUGAGGAUGCGGAGUGCUGAUUGUUGA